AGCAACUCCAAUUUAAUACUGUGUUCUAAUUAGAACGUGUCCCAAAUUCUAGGUCCUUUUCUUCCUCCUCCUGCACUGAUAUGAGUCUGUCAGUAGAUGUUCAUGGCAGGCCAGCUAACUUGGGGGAACUACUAGCAAAAAUUCAAGAUGACCUGGCUUAUCUUAAAGCUACAGCUGCAAGAACACAGGAUGGUCAACUUGAUGCUAAAGCUCUGGACCUGGCCAUCAGUCGGACAGAGAGAGGAGUGGCAGCUGCCGCAGAGCGAGUACUCACCUCAUCACAAAACCAGAUUGUAUCUCUGCCGACUGUGUCCCAGCGUCCCUCUCAACACAGAGGAAGGCCAAUGGAGGAGCUGGUUAAUGCUGCCAGCAAGAGGAGCCCUCUCAAGGAGGCCAGACUUGCAGUUGCUAAGAGACCAAUUAACACUCCAGCAGGAAUCUCUCCAGGGCAGCAGGUCCGAGUGGAGCGUGUGUCUCACCUGAUCUCUCAUCCCUCCCACCCCCUCACACGUCACAUGCUCACUACACACUAUGGACUCCCGUCUAGCGAGGCUCAGAGCUCAAAGAUCAAAGGUGGACAAGGACAAGUGGUUACUGGGUCAACUGUGGAGCCACUCACUGCACUGCCUCGAGCCAACAGAAGGGACGCUCAGCUCACCCCUCCUGCCAUUGGUGUGAGUGAUGCUCAGAGAGGACUGCUCAGUCUCGUGGAGAGAGGACUCAUUCCUCCUGCUGCCGACAUUGUACUGAGUCCCCCACCCAUCCAGCCUCGCACUCUCUCCCUGCAUCCUGCGGCUAUAGCCCACCUGAGAGCCAAAAUUGCCGAGGGAUGUCUGGCAGGAGUGAAAUUGGACCCCAACCCUCCACCCACUGAGAGGUGCCCCGUACACCUACCCAGUGUGGACAAGACUAGCUCCUCUACCAUAGCUUCAAAGCAAGGAGGUUUGACUACAAAAACACUCGAGCUGCCAAUGCCUGUGAAACCACGCCCACAAACACCACCUGUCACACCCACUAGACAAACGGAGCUACUCAGUUACAAAGUGGUCAUACAGAAUGGAAGUGUGGUGGAUGGUAUUCAGGAGUUUUCACUGUUCAAGAAAGUAUUUCACUCAAAGUGGCCUCAUAUAAAGACUGCUCUCAACUGUGUGGAGGAGCUUUGUCGGAAUUAUGCUAUACCCAUGGCCAUUCUGGAUGGAGACAUAGUGUCUAGGAUGGCGUUAGACUGUGAGCUGGGACUGCGGCCAUCACGUCAAGACAUCCUCCGGAGUCUGAUCAAUAAAGAGGAGGUCCAGAACACUAUCAGUAUACCAGGCCGAAGGUACAAAGGUCACCGUGGGAUCCAUGCAGCUGCUGCCAAGAUUCAAUCGACCUAUCGGAUGCUUUUAAAGAGACGUCAGUACCUUGAAUAUCGGAGGAAAAAAUGGGCGGCCGGUGUGGUCAGUCUCUCAUGGCUACUCUUUGUGAAGGCAUACAAAAUUCGUGAUCAGCUGAAAGCAUUGAGAGCCCAGCAACUGAUCAGACACCAUCAGAGGGCGACUGGUCUGCGGAGGAGAUGGGAGGAGCUUAAGGAACUGCGGAGGACUGUACUACACCUUCCAUCACUCGGUUACUCCCAGCCAGUAAGAGCAGGGCUACCCAAUUUCAUAGCAAGCCAGGCUUUACAGAUGGCCAGAUUGUGUGAUCUUCGUAACCCCUUAGUGGAGGUCAUAUACAUAUCCCCGAUCCCAGUGGACCAAGCAGUACUGGACUUUUAUGUUCAGCUCCUCUCAAUAGAAGGUCAAAAUGUCAAAGACAGAGUGCACAUCAUCACACCAGAAAAUACUGAUAAAUUUGGUCAUCACAAUCUAUCGCUAGCAGCAUACUUGCUGUACAGCCCCAAAGCGCUCACUAGAGUACGAAACCUCCUCAAGGGGAAGGAGGCGUACAUUGUCCCGGGUGUGGUGUCAAGGGAUGAUAUCAGCCUGGCAGACAAACUCAAUCUCCCCAUACUGGGCCCUGAUCACGAGAUCACUCAACUCUACUCCUCGAGGCCAGGCUUCAAGCGUAUCUUCAAGGACGCAGGAGUGGCCACUCCCCCCAGCGAAGGAGACAUAUUCAGUACAGAGCAGUUGGUGGAGCGAUUGGCUCAUCUGGUGGUCAAUCACCCCACCACUGAGAGAUGGCUGUUCAAACUACCAGACCAUGUCAGAGCAAAAGGAUUCGCGUACUGUGACGUGCCGCUCCAAUUAUCCUGUCACUCCUGGCUGGUGAGGGAGGCUCAACGCUAUGGGAAGAAAUGGUCCAAGAAAUGGGCGCAGGAGAAAGCACUCAAGCUAGUGUCUGUUGAGCUACCCUCCAUUAUCGCAAGCCAUGCCCAUCCACUGGACUCAAAGCUUUUUCCAUCGUGGAGUGAUUUUCUUAAAGUGUUUGUUAGCGAGGGCGGACUAAUUGAAGGGACUCCCCCCUCUGAGAGUGUGACCUCACUGUCAGUGGACCUCCUCAUUGAGCCGACUGGAGUUGUCAGUAUCGCCGCCAUGAGAGACCAGAUCCUGUCUUCCCCUUACAUGGUGUGGGGGUCGUCCCUACCGCAGUGCUCAGUACCCCCUGGAGUGCUGGUGAAUGCUGCUCUUAGUGUGGGGUCAGAGGUUAAAUCGAGGGGCGUGACUGGUCAUUUCACUAUCGACUUUCUUACUUUUAUUAGCCCAGAAACAGCUGGUCAGGAACUAUGGGCGGUGGAUCUAGACCUUGGAUUGAGUGACCACUUGGCCCUCACACACCUUCUAACGUAUGUCACUGGGGGACAAGUGGACGGGGGAACAGGACAGCUGCUAGUGAGCGGGGGUACGGAGGAGAGAUAUGCUGUCAUGUCCCCAUACCUCAUGCACACAAACCUCAGCCCAAUAUACUAUCCUAUAUUCUUCCAAAUCUGCAAAGCUCACUUGAUUCAGUAUGAUCCUAAGGAGAGAGAGGGCACUGUAUUUGCUCUCGUAGACGGCCAGUGCAGAGAAUGGCUGGGCAUGGUGUGUGUACAGAGGAGUCUCUCGAAGGCGUUGCGAAGGUGUUCAUUCAAUCUAUCCACACUGCACCAGGAGAUUUCCACUUUGAACAUGCCCGGUCGAUCCAACUUUAAGGCAGCCAGCAAUGAACUAGACUCCAUAGCACAGCUCAUGGACUAUAACCAGACAGAAUGUGACCAUCAUAAUGAUACACAUUAGUACUGCAUUUCAUGUCAUUUUCUUGUGUAUAAUUAUGUCUGUUGUAUGUUGCUAAUGUGAGAAUACUUUCUCUGAGGCACUUCAAAUAAUUCUUGUACAUGUACUAAAAAUUGUUAUUUUUAUAUGA